AGAGCGCCGGGCCGCCGGAGCAGAUGUCAUCAUUGAAUCUCCUGGAAUCUUUUCACAUCCACCAUGAACAUCUCUCACUUCCUGGCCUUGCUGUUCCCAGAAUCCCCACAGGGUCAAAACAGGAGCAAGUCAAGUUCUCUGUACACUUCAUACAACUUCUCUGACUACUGCCAGGAUUCCAUAGACCCAAUGGUCUUCAUUGUCACCUCCUACAGCAUUGAGACCAUUGUGGGAGUCCUGGGCAACCUCUGCCUGAUAUGUGUGACCAUUAGGCAGAAGGAGAAGGCCAAUGUGACCAACCUGCUUAUUGCCAACCUGGCCUUCUCUGACUUCCUCAUGUGCCUCAUCUGCCAGCCACUCACGGCUAUCUACACCAUCAUGGACUACUGGAUCUUUGGCGAGGUCCUUUGCAAGAUAUCGGCCUUUAUCCAGUGUAUGUCGGUGACAGUCUCCAUCCUCUCGCUUGUACUUGUUGCUCUGGAGAGGCAUCAGCUCAUCAUCAAUCCAACAGGCUGGAAACCCAGUGUCUCCCAGGCCUACCUGGGGAUUGUGGUCAUCUGGCUCAUUGCGGGCUUCCUUUCCCUGCCCUUCCUGGCUAACAGCAUCCUAGAGAAUGUCUUUCAUAAGAACCACUCCAAGGCUCUGGAGUUUCUGGUGGAUAAGGUGGUCUGUACUGAGUCCUGGCCACUGGACCAUCACCGCAUCAUCUACACCACCUUUCUGCUGCUCUUCCAAUACUGCAUCCCACUGGCCUUCAUCUUGGUCUGCUACGUUCGCAUCUACCAGCGUCUGCGGAAGCGGGGACAGGUAUUCCGCAAGGGCACCUGCAGCUUUCGGGCUUGGCAGAUGAAGCGGAUCAAUGUGAUCCUUGUGGUAAUGGUGGCUGCCUUUGCUGUGCUUUGGCUGCCCCUGCAUGUGUUCAACAGCCUGGAGGACUGGUACCAUGAGGCCAUCCCCAUCUGUCAUGGCAACCUCAUCUUCUUGGUGUGCCACCUGCUUGCCAUGGCCUCUACCUGUGUCAACCCUUUCAUCUAUGGCUUUCUCAACACCAACUUCAAGAAGGAGGUCAAGGCCCUGGUGCUGACUUGCCAGCAGAGCAUCCCUGUGGAGGAGUCCGAGCAUCUGCCUCUGUCCACAGUGCACACGGAAGUCUCCAAAGGGUCUCUGAGGCUCAGUGGCAGGUCCAACCCCAUCUAG